AUGCGGUGUAAGGUCGAAAGUUGUCAAGGGCUAAAGAAAUUUAAAUUUCCGAAAAAUGAAGAUCUGAGAAAGAAGUGGCUAAAUGCUAUUCGAAGGCCAAAUCUGAAAGUAAAGCCAAAUGAUGGGUUAUGUCAAAAACACUUUGCUCCGACAGAUAUGUACACAGAAAGUAUAUCAGGAGGAUAUGAGAUGGAUCAAGUUCGUUUGAAACCCAAAACAAUUCCAACUAUAUUUUCUUUCAAUGAAAUUAUCAACUCUGAAACUUUGACAUCAAGCAAUACUUUGAUCCAUGAACCAGAAAUAAGUAACAAUGUUAUCAAUGAUAAUGUCGCUGUGGAAAAUUUAAGCAAUCUCAGUGUUAUGACAGUAGAUGAUUGCCAUGAUGAUACUAUUGUAAUUGAAGAAAGUUGCUCAGAAAAUACUAUGGUGCAUUGUGACAAUGUGUACGAAGAAGUUGUUGCUGAAUCAAUUCCUAGUGCUAUUCUUGAUUGCAAUGUGACAAGCAAUGUGUCUGUUAAUGUGUCUGUUAACAAGGUUAAAAUUGUUCAAAAAAAAUCUGUGAUGACUGAGACUGAGAGAAGUUCAAAAUAUGAUAUAGAUGACUAUAAAAAUAAGCCCAGACAGUUACUGCACUUCACAGGUCUAGAUCAUACAAAAUUCAUGGCAGUAUAUUAUUCACUAGCUCCAGUUAUGCAACAGCUUGAACAGCUUGAAAACAGUAUCAGUACUCGUAAUCAGUUAUUUUUGGUUCUCUGGAAACUUAAAAGAUAUCCCUGUAACAUAGAGUUAGCUGAACAUUUCAAUGUGACAAUUCCUAAUGUUAGUUCCAUAUUCAAUCGUUGGAUUACUGCCAUGUCAAAGUUAUGGUCUGUAAUUGAUCUGUGGCCAAGCCGAGACUUGGUCGACUAUUACAUGCCUCAUACUUUUAAAAAAAAUUUUGCUAAAACUAGAGUAACGUUAGAUGCCACAGAAAUUAGAAUUGAUGCUCCAGUAAAUCCAAAACUAAAACAAGCCACAUUCAGCACAUAUAAAAACGCCAAUACUUUGAAAGUAUUAGUUGGCACUACGCCUGGAGGUCUCAUUUCAUAUUGUUCUGCAGCUUAUGGUGGGUCGACCAGUGACAGACAAAUAGUUGAGCGUAGUGAUUUACAUAAAAAAUGUGAACGUGGAGACUUGAUAAUGGCAGAUAAAGGGAUUUUAGUGCAAGAUUUAUUUGCUCCAUACGGUGUGACAGUAAAUACGCCUACACUGAUGUCAAAAGGAUCUCUUCCACAUAAAACUAUCAUGAAAGAUAGAAAGUUAUCAAGGCAUCGAGUGCAUGUAGAAAGAUUAAUUGGUGUGAUGAAAACAUAUGCAAUACUUGCAAGAAAACUGACACGUUUUGAACUUCCUCUGGCAUCUGAAAUAGUUGGUGUGUGUAUAAUGCUGAGCAACUUUAAAGAUAAUAUAAUGUGA